CGGGUGAUUAAAAUGUUCAAGUACGCGAUAAUCGCCGCGGUGAUCGCCGCUUCGGUCACGGCUGCACCAGCCGGACAGGACGUCGCCCAUCAGCCGUCGAUCCUCGAGGAAGCUUUGGACGUUUACUCCUCCUGUUCCGGGGAAGAGGAUGUCACGGUGUGCUUGAAGCUGAAGGCGCUGCGUUUCGUCGACAGAGCAGCCCGAUCGGCCGACAUCGAAGUCGUCGACGGAUUCAAGAUCGUGCAGACCGACGAGGCUAAGAACAGUCGGGCAGACAACGCGAGGUCCUUGAACGACAUCGAAAGCACCCUGCCCGCUGAAAUCGUGGCUAAGGAAGCUGCGAUCGAUGAAGCUAUCUUGGACAGAGCUGGCAAGUUCCUCUCCACCCACACCGUGGAACUGAGUCUUCCCGAGGAAGUCUCCCGCUCGUUCGAUGAAGCACGUGGAAAGAAGAAGAAGAUCGUGAAAUCCCUUCUGCCGAUCCUGCUGCUCUUGAAACUGAAGGCUGCAGCUCUGAUCCCGAUCGCCCUGGGUGGUCUGGCUCUUCUAGCCCUGAAAGCCCUCGUGAUCGGCAAGAUCGCUUUGAUCAUCAGCGCGAUCAUCGGUCUGCAAAAGCUUCUUGGCAACAAGCAGCAGAGUUACGAGGUCGUCGCUCACCCUGUCCACUCCUACGGCCACGAAGAACACCACGAUCAUCACGGCUGGGCGAGAUCGGUUGGAUCCGAGCUGGCGUACAACGCGUACAAACCAGCUGAAUAG